AUGGGCUUUCCAAGGUCCAUCAUAUCUGCAGAAACUUCAGGGGCAUUUUCGUCCACGAUAACGGCAAAACUGGGCUUCGACCAAAACACGAAAGUUGUAGAUCUUGAAGUCAGCUUUCCAACGCCUACUCAUUUGCCUCAUUUGGAGUUCUGGAUCAAAAGUUAUGGCCAAAAUACAGAAGGGUCGCCAAAUCUGGAAACAAGUGAAGGGGCUUCAAGGAUGGAGUGUGGAUCUACUUACGAUUAUGGGUCUGGACUUCAUAUAGGGAAAAAGAUAAAGCUAAGGGCAGAUGUUAAUGAGGCUAUAUCUUACUGGGGUCCAGGAGAGGAGUAUUUUAACAUGAUGAAUGAGACUAUAGAAGGGGCGCCGUUUGUGGUUGGUGCUGGGGAAGGUGCUUCUCAUCAGGGAAUUCGAAAGUUUAAGAGGCUGGGUCACAAUUUGAUUAGGCUUUCAUCGGAUGUUAAAGUUCCUCAUACUGAUCCAAAUGAAGGGAGGAAACGUUCCAGGGAUGGUUUUAUUGCUGCUGCUGCAAGACAGAUUGGGGAAGAUUAUAUCAGUCUUGGUGCUGAUCAAUACGAGGCUGGAGGCGAUGGUUUGAAUGGCUACAAUGGUGCUGUACAAGGGCGUUAUUUUAGCGAUCAAUCUGAAAUGCCAUGGCUUUGCUCGGGGGAUUUCAAUGAAAUUCUAUCGAAUGAGGAUAAGAUUGGUGGCGCAAUUCGACCUCAGAGGCAGAUGGAUGCGUUUCGAGAGGUACUUGAUAAUUUACAGCUUAAAGAACUUCCAAUUAAAGGUCCGAGAUUGACUUGGUCUAGGAAAUUAGGAGGGGAAAUUCAGUUUGCUAAAUUGGAUCAUUGCUUUAUUAUUGAUAGAUGGCUUGAUAAAUUUGUCUUCUCUUAUGUUGAUCACUUAUGUACUUCGGUUUCUGAUCAUUUGCCUCUUUUGAUUCAUUGUUUAGAUAGGCCAAAUAUUAGUAAUUCCUUUUGUAAACGGUUUAGAUUUGAAGAUAUAUGGGCCUUGCAUGAAAAUUUUAAUUCUGUAUUAUGUUCCGCAAGGAAUAUGAAUGUCAAUUUAGAUAUUAAAAAUUGUAUUUCAAAUUGCUCGGAAGUAUUGAGUUCCUGGGAUCAACGAGUGUUUGGAAGUGUUAAAUAUAAUAUUCGGCAAAAGAGAAAGGAAUUGGACAGAUUAUAUAGGGAAGUUCAAUAUGGGGCAAACCCACAAUCUUUACAUGAGUGUAUGGAUUCUUUGAAUGAGCUUUAUGACAAGGAAGAAGUGAUGUGGCGGCAGAGGGCUAAAAUUAGCUGGUUGCGAGAAAGUGAUCGAAACUCGAAAACCUUUCAUAACGCAGCUACUGUUAGGCGCAUACAGAAUUACAUUGGGUCGAUCAAGGAUGAAAAUGGAGAUAAUGUUGAGGAUGCAGCUGGUAUUGAAAGAGUAAUUUGUGAUUACUUUAAAGCUAUAUUUACAUCUUCAAAUCCUCCAAAUUUUGAUCCUAGUAGGGGUAUCCGGCAGGGAGAUCCGUUAUCACCGUACCUUUUCUUAUUUUGUAUGGAGGGAUUUUCAAGUCUAAUCCAGCAUACUGAGAGAUCAAAAGUAGUACAAGGAGUGUCGAUAGUUAGAGCUUCACCAAGAGUGUCACACUUGUUAUUUGCUGAUGAUAGCCUUUUGUUUCUUCGAGCAAGUUUGGAAGAAUGUGAAGCUUUAUUGGAUAUUCUCACAAAAUUUGAAAAGGCCUCGGGGCAGAAAAUAAAUAUCGAUAAAUCAGCUGUUCUAUUUAGUAGUAAUACACCUGAUUGUAUACUGGAUUCGAUUAUGCGUAGAAUUGGUGUACAAAAGAUUUUGGCUAGGGAUAAGUAUUUAGGAGCGCCGAUUAUGAUUGGUAGAAAUAAGAAAAUUGAGCUGCAAAUGUUGAAGGACAGGCUAUGGAAACGGAUACAAGGAUGGCAAGGUAGACUUUUUUCAAUCACUGGUAAGGUGGUCAUGAUCCAAGUAGUGGCGCAGGCGAUUCCAACUUACUUGAUGAGUUGUUUUAAGUUUCCGAAGACUUUUGUUCAGGAACUUAACUCAAUUAUAGCUAAGUUUUGGUGGGGUAGUACUGAUAGUAGGAGAAGGAUACAUUGGAAAACAUGGGCUAGCUUAUGUGUCUCUAAGUUAGAUGGGGGGCUAGGCUUUCGGGAUUUCGAGGCUUUCAAUUUGGCCCUAUUAGCAAAACAGUGUUUGAGACUAAUAAGAGAUGAAAAUUCCCUUUGCUCGCGAAUUUUUAAAGGAAAAUAUUAUCAAGGAUCCUCUUUUAUGCGAGCUACUUUAGGAUCAAAUCCAUCCUUUGUAUGGCGAAGUUUAUUGGCGGGAAGAGAGGUCCUUCGAUCAGGAUGUCAUUGGAAGAUAGAAGAUGGACAAAGUGUGGACAUUUGGAGGGAUAAAUGGCUAAAUUCUCCUCCUGAAUUUCGACCUCAACCACGACCUGGGACAAUUUGUGUUAGCAAUCCAGUCUCGACUUUGUUCAAUGAGAAUGGGCAAUGGGAAAUUGAUCUGAGUGCCCUUUCAGCUAUCAAGUGUGGUCGUUAUCUUGUCCAAGGGUGUUGGCCUGUUUGCCAACAUGGCGAAAUGAAGAUGAUUUUUGGGCAGCAUGUUUAUCGAAGAAAUAAGGCCUUUCAUGAUAAGGUUGUGGCUGUUCCAACAUCAAUAGCUAGGUCGGUUGCGAGACUUGUUCUGGAGGUUGAGCAAUCCAAUGUUAGGAGCAGACAAUUAUCUGAUCGAGUGAUAUCAAGUCAAGGUUGGACUCCUCCAUAUGCGGGAUCUUUUAAAGUCAAUACAGAUGCAUCGUUUGAUUCAUUUCGCCUAGAGGCUGGGUUAGGAGCAGUUGUUUGGAAUGAACAUGGCCAAGUUGUUGUAUGUUCGACUGCGCAGAUUAGUAAGGUUCCAAAUGUUUUGUUUGCAGAAAUAUACGCAAUAAGAUUUGGCUUGUUACUUGCUUAUUGGCAUGGUAUUAUGGAUUGUUCUUUGGAGAGUGAUUCAGUAUUAGCUAUUAGUGAGAUCAAUAAGAGAGAGCCCUCACUAUGGAUUGGGGGGGGGGGAUUUUAG